CUAAUAUGGCAGUCGGCCUUAGUUUCAAGCAUAUUUGCAAUAUUCUGAUGGUACAGUCUGUUGAAUUGUGAUUGGCCUAUGUAUUCACGUUUGUACAGACGUGUCAGUAUGCAAGGCCGGGCGACUGCUGAUUAUAGUUUUAUCAAUUACUCGGUAAUGCUAAAGAUUUUAGUACGUGCACGUGUCUCAAAACUCGUAACAAAGUGAAUAAAAUUUGUCACAAUGAAGUUGAAUGAAUUUCAGUCGUAUCUAUAACUUUUUUUACGAUAAACAAUGAUUCGGUAUAAAUUUUUUUGCACGUAUUAACGUGGGAGUAUCUCGGAAUCUAAGGCCUGAUAAUGGUCGUAUCCAAAAGUCAUGAAUAUCAAAUGUCAGAGGUUAAGGGUUUUGCAACAAAAGCUAUACAUGCUGGACAAGAUCCAUUACAAUGGACUCAUUGUGCAGUAAUACCACCCAUUGUAAUGUCUACUACUUUUCGCCAGGAUGGGCCUGCACAACAUAGAGGGUUUGAUUAUAGUAGAAGUGGUAAUCCUACAAGAAGAGUUCUAGAGACAUGUUUAGCUGCUUUGGAUAAUGGAAAAUAUGGAUUUGCUUUUGCAUCUGGAUUAGGUGCUCUAACAGCAUUGUCUUCAUUAUUAAAAGCAGGAGAUCAUAUUCUGUCUGGGGAUGAUGUCUAUGGUGGAAGCUAUCGUCUCUUUCAAAAAUGUUUAUCCAUGCAUGAUAUUGCGGUAACAUUUGUAGAUAUGACAGAUGUGAAUAAUAUUGUGUCUGCUAUAAAAAAAAAUACAAAGAUGAUUUGGAUCGAGACUCCUACUAACCCUCUACUUAAAAUAAUCGAUAUUAAGACAGUAACGGAUAUGCUUAAACAAAAAUAUCCUGAAAUCAUUACAGUGGUAGAUAAUACUUUUCUAACAUGUUACUUUCAGAAACCAUUGGAAUUAGGUGCAGAUAUUGUAGUAUAUUCUCUGACUAAAUAUAUGAAUGGACAUUCGGAUGUUCUUAUGGGUGCAGUAGUUACAAAUAGAGAUGAUAUUGAAAAAAGACUUCGGUUUAUACAAAAUGCUUUGGGCAUUGUGCCAUCACCUUUUGACUGCUUUAUGGUUAAUCGCAGUUUGAAAACAUUGGAGAUUAGAAUGCAACAGCAUAUGAAGAAUGGGUUAGCAGUUGCAAAGUUUUUGCAAUCUCAUCCUUGUGUAGAGAAAGUAAUUCACCCAUAUCUUCCAUCACACUCACGGUAUGAACUUACUCUUAGACAAACAUCUGGUCAUAGUGGAAUGGUUUCAUUUUAUCUUAAAGGUGAUAGUGCAAAGUUUUUAAAAGCACUGAAAUUAUUUACAUUAGCAGAAUCACUUGGUGGUUAUGAAUCCCUUGCUGAAUUGCCAUCCGUGAUGACACACGCAUCAGUUCCUGCAGAAACUAGAGCAGCAUUAGGCAUUACCGAUCAAUUGGUACGGUUGUCUGUUGGUCUUGAAACGGAACAAGAUAUUUUAGCUGACCUUGAUCAAGCUCUUAAAAUUUGCCAAUAAAUAUAGUAAUCAGCGAAAAUCAUAAAAACGAGUAGUGCAUUAUUACGAUUAUGACUCUAUAAACUUGAUAUAGACGUUUGUAUCAAUUUUAGAAAAGAAUUUUCGAAAAGAUUUAUAGUUAUUAAAAUUUUAACAUUCCUACACGAUAAUAACUCUUUGAACUUUGCAGUCACGCU